UUCUACUGCAACAAGAUGGGCUUCGAACCGCUGGCCUACAAGGGCCUGGAGACGGGCUCCCGGGAGGUGGUCAGCCACGUCAUCAAGCAAGGCAAAAUUGUGUUUGUUCUCUCUUCUGCUCUCAACCCCUGGAAUAAAGAGAUGGGCGACCACUUGGUGAAGCAUGGCGACGGGGUGAAGGAUAUCGAGUUCGAGGUGGAAGACUGCGAGCACAUUGUGCAGAAAGCCCGGGAACGGGGAGCCAAAAUUGUGAGGGAGCCCUGGGUGGAGCAAGACAAGUUCGGGAAGGUGAAGUUCGCGGUGCUACAGACGUAUGGAGACACCACACACACCCUGGUGGAGAAGAUCAAUUACACUGGCCGUUUCUUACCCGGAUUCGAGGCCCCAACGCACAAGGACACCCUGCUUUCAAAACUGCCCAGCUGCAACCUCGAGGUGAUCGACCAUAUUGUAGGCAACCAACCUGACCAGGAAAUGCUGUCUGCCUCAGAGUGGUACCUGAAAAAUCUGCAGUUCCACCGUUUCUGGUCCGUGGAUGACACUCAGGUGCACACGGAAUACAGCUCUCUGCGCUCCAUCGUGGUGGCCAACUACGAGGAGUCUAUCAAGAUGCCCAUUAAUGAGCCAGCUCCGGGCAAGAAGAAGUCCCAGAUUCAGGAAUAUGUGGACUAUAACGGGGGUGCUGGGGUCCAGCACAUCGCUCUCAAGACAGAAGACAUCAUCACAACGAUCCGCCACUUGAGGGAGCGAGGCAUGGAGUUCUUGGCUGUCCCGUCUUCCUACUACAAGCUGCUGCGGCAGAAUCUCAAGACGGCCAAGAUCCAGGUGAAGGAGAGCAUGGACGUGCUGGAGGAGCUGAAAAUCCUGGUAGACUUCGAUGAGAAAGGCUACCUCCUGCAGAUCUUCACCAAGCCCAUGCAGGACCGGCCCACACUCUUCCUGGAAGUCAUCCAGCGCCACAACCACCAGGGCUUCGGAGCGGGCAACUUCAACUCCCUGUUCAAGGCUUUCGAGGAAGAGCAAGCCCUACGGGGCAACCUCACCGACCUGGAGACCAACGGGGUGAGGUCUGGAAUGUAGGUCCCGCUCACACCCAGACCACGCAAGGGGCCGGGUACAUCAAUCAUCUCCAGCCGGCUGAGGGACAACCCCGGGGUUCCACCCACAUCGUGGCCACGCCCCCUCAAUGGCAAGGGUCCCUCCUUGCUGAGUAAAGCGACCCUCCAGAGCUGUGUCUGGUGUUUGUGCCCGGCAAGGAAUUAGUGGCAUCAUUUCGCCGCCAGGGGGAGACCAAGACCGCUGAGCUGCCUGAGGCCUCUGUGUGGGGAGCCCCAGGUGCAGGGUGCAAAAACUUAACUUAACGGGGACCCUAGGUAGGACGAACUUGUGAAACUAGGCACAAGGAACAUACAUUCCAGAGGCAAAGAGAUAAUACCGUUUCAAAGAGCGAUAAAUGCCACUAAGACAAUAAGGCGGGUGGUGGAAUUGAGUCCAGCGAACAUCUGAUCCACAAAAAAGUCCCAGAAAGAGGAAACAGACAAGGUCCGGAGGGCUUUAAAACCUUUAAAGAUGAGCCCUCCUUAAUGUCCUCACUCGGAAAAACAUGAAGGGGAUCAAGGGACUUUAGGGGGGGAUCCUUUCUCAGCAAUCGCAGGACAUGGUUCCUGGUCUGUGAGAGAGUCCAGACCGAAGCGAUCUGAAUCCCUCAGCUCCUGCCCUGCACCCUGAGCAUCGUGGCAGUCACCAGUGCCCCAAACCCCAGGGCAGCUGCAUUUCCUCAACACUGUGAAACGACGAGGCAGUUGGGAACGGAGCUAAUGGUCCAAAAGCUACGGGAUCAUUAUUUCUUCAAAACUCUAGGGGUGCAGCUCAGAGGCAGAGCAUACCUUAAGAGUUUCUAUCCCCAGCGCUGGAAAACAAACAAAAAACAGAG